AUGGACAAGGAUAAGCUCACUCAGUUGCUGCAGGCCAGCCAAGUUCGUAAGAAAUCCUUUACUGACGUCUUGUCUCGCACAGCCAACACGGAACAGGUCAAGGCCGUCACAGCCGACCUCCAGAAGAACUACUACUCGAAGCCCGAGUCUCUUCUUCUGCUGAUCGAGAUCGCUCUUACACACGGAGACAAUGCUAUCCGACAGCUGGCUUCCGUCCAGGCUCUGCGCCUGGUCUCCAAGUUCUGGUCUUCCACCUCCCAGGACCAGAAGCCUCUUGUCCGCGCUCACCUUCUCGAGGGUACUCUGAAGGAGACGUCCGCUGCCAACCGCCACUCUCUGGCGCGCCUGGUUGCUGGCAUCGUCGGCGAGGAUAUGGAGGCUGGUGAUGGCGAGGACUUCCUGAAGCAGCUCCUGCCCCUCAACACCAGCGACAACGUCGUUCACCGUGAGGUCGGCUCUUUUGUCCUCUAUGCCAUGCUGGAGGAUGAGCCCACGCACUUUGGCGACCACACUGAUCAGCUGCUCCAGCUGUUCCAGUCUCGCAUCAACGACGACAGCAAGGAGGUCCGCAUGAACAUUGUUCGUGCCAUUGGCGCCAUCCUCAUGCUCAUCGACCCCGAGGAGGACCCCAAUGCCCUCAAGGUCAUGCAGGGCUUCGUCCCCAGCCUGGUCAACAUCCUCAAGGCUACUGUCGAGGCUGGUGAUGAGGAGAGCUACGGUACCGUCUUUGACGUCUUCCACUCCUUCAUUGCCUACGACUCUGCCCUUCUCUCCAUUCACCUGCGCGACCUGCUCAUGUUCAUGAUUGAGCUGGCUGGCAACACCCAGGCCGAGGAUGAUCCUCGUUCUCAGGCUCUUGGCUUCCUCAUCCAGGUUGUCUCUUACCGUCGCAUGAAAAUUCAGGCCAUGAAGGAUGUUGGCGCUGAGCUCAUGGUCAAGGCCAUGCACAUUGUCAUUGACCUGGACUCUGAAGAUGAGGAGGACAUGUCGCCCGCUAGAGUCGCCAUCAGCCUGAUUGACCAGCUGGCCAACGAGCUCCCCCCUCGCCAGGUUAUCGUGCCUCUCCUUGAGCAGUUCCCUCUCUUCGCCACCAACCAAGACCCGCGCUUCCGCAUGGCUGCCAUGUUGGCCCUGGGCAACGCUGCAGAGGGUGCUCCUGACUUCAUCUCUACCCAGCUUCAGCCUCUCCUCCCCACCAUCAUCAACCUGCUGCUCGACCCCGAGCUCAAGGUCAGACACGCUGCCCUGGUUGGCCUCAUCCACCUUGCCGAGGAGAUGGCCGAUGAGAUGGUUUCUCACCACCAGCAAAUCAUUGAGGCUGUUCUGAAGAACCUGGAGUCUGCCUCUCAGGGUCCUUCCGACAAGACCAACAUCAGCAUCAUCCGAUGCGCCUGUGGUGCCCUCGAUACCUUUGGCGAUGGCAUUGACACCAAGAUCAUGGCUCAGUACGGCCCUACCUUGAUUGGCCCCAUGGUCAAGCUGCUUGACCACGAGGAUUUCGGCGUCAAGGCUGCCGCCGCUUCUGCCCUCGGUGCCAUUGCCGCUUCCAUGGAGAAGGACUUCCAGCCCUACUUCGAGAACGUGAUGAAGUCUCUUGGCAACUUUGUCAUGAUCAAGGACAGCGAGGAUGCCAUGAACCUCCGAAGCUCCACCUGCGACAGCUUGGGUCGUAUUGCCCUGGCUGUCGGCCCUGAGGCUUUCCAGCCCUACGUCAUGGACCUUAUGAAGGCCAGCGAGGAGGCUCUCAGCUUGGACAACCCCAGACUCAAGGAGACCAGCUUCAUCCUGUGGUCUAACCUGUCCAAGGUCUACCACGAGCAGUUUGAGCACUUCCUUGACGGUGUCUUCAAGGGUAUUUUCGCCUCUCUGGAGCUCGAGGACGAGGAGCUGGAUAUUCCUGGCCUUGACGCCAGCCAGCUCGAGGAUGGUCACCUCAUCGUCGGAGGAAAGCGUAUCAAGGUCAAGGCUCACAGCGAGGAGGAGCUUGCCAUUGCCAGCGGCGGCGAGGACGAGUGGGAUGACAUUGAGGAUCUCGCCGACCUUGCUGGUGGCACCACCGCCGUUGCCAUGGAGCAGGAGAUUGCCCUUGACGUUCUCGGAGACGUCAUCUCCAACUCUUGCAACAUGAACAACCUUGAGACCUACGUCGAGAAGACUAUCGAGAAGGUCGUUCCCUUCACCGACCACGACUACGAGGGCUGCCGCAAGACUGCCAUCUCUACUCUCUGGCGAACCUAUGCCCGUGUCUUCCAGGUCUGGGAAGAGGGCUCUGGCUCUAAGUGGCAGCCUGGCAUUCCCCCCAAGCCUACUCCCCCUGCCUCCAUUGUCAAGAUUGGCCAGACUCUCCACGAGUCUAGCAUGACCAUCUGGGCCAAUGACAGCGAUCGGUCUGUCGUUACCGACAUCAACCGCAAUGUUGCCGCCACCCUCAAGGCCUGCGGUCCUGCGGUCCUUGCCUCCAAGGAUGGUAUGCUGCAGGAGGUUGUCUCUGUCAUCACUCUUCUCAUCACUCGCUCUCACCCUUGCCAGCUGGAUCUUGGCGACGAGGACGAGGAGCAGGAGGUUGAGGAUGCUGGAUCCUCCGAGUACGACUGGUUGGCCAUUGACACCGCUCUGGAUGUCAUUGUUGGCCUUGCCGCUGCUCUGGGCCCUGAUUUCGGCGAGCUGUGGCAAAUCUUUGAGAAGGCCAUCUUCAAGAUGGCUAGCUCAACCGAGGAUCUGCAGCGCUCCACCGCCAUCGGCACCAUUGCUGAGAUCAUCAAGUACACUGGCCAGGCCAUUACCCCCUACACUGAGUCUGUUGGACAGGCCCUCAUGCGCCGUCUCUCAGAUCCUGAUGCCCUGACCAAGUCCAACGCCGCCUAUGCUGUCGGUCUGUUGGUCCAGUACUCAACCGAUACCGCCAAGACCAUCCCCAUUUACCCUCAGCUUUGGGAGAAGCUCGAGCCCAUGCUGUCCAUCCAGGAGAUGCGCAUUACGGACAACGUUGCCGGAGCUCUCUCUCGUAUGAUGAUCAAGCAUGCCGAUGCCGGAUUCGUUGCCCAGGCUCUCCCUGCCAUUGUCAACAUCCUGCCUCUCCAGGAGGAGUUUGAGGAGAAUGAGCCCAUCUACCAGGCCAUCCACACUCUCUAUGACCAGUCCAACGAGACUGUCCAGCAGCUGACUCCUCAGCUGAUUGGCAUCUUCGAGAAGGUCCUCUCCCCCCCUGAGGAGCAGCUCGAGCCUGAGACUCGCCAGAUCCUCUGCCGAACUGUGCAGGCUCUCUAUGGAGCUAAGCCGGAUCUGUUUGCCAACAACCCCAACCUGCUGCAGCUGGCCAGUGCCUCUCAGUAA